ACCGUCAGCACCACCGAGGGCAACCACACAACAACAACAAUGAGUAGCAACACAACAGCGCAAACACCAUCCAAUGUGACCCCCACCACCACACAGACACCUGUGCCUUUCUAUCUCUCGUAUCACAUCAUAAACAAGGAAUUCAACGACAGCUUGACGGAUCGCAGCUCUGCGUACUUCCAGCAGUUGAAUGAGACCAUUGGGCAGAUGUAUCGGAGCAUCUACGGCUGUGAAUCGUGCGUACUCAAAGAGGAGUACCAAGGAUACAACAUAACUAGAUUUCGGCCGGGCUCUGUUGCAGCAGACACAGAGUUGUUUUUCAUGACGAGACAAACCCCUGAACAGCUUGCACAGACAGCGACGGACACUUUUAACAAUGCAAGCACAACCGAACGGCAGGGAUUGGAGCUGAAUUCGACCCAAGGGUCUAGCGAACCCAUCAGUGGCACAACCACCCCGGAACCCACCCCUGCCAGCCCUGAGACAACCACCCGGGGACCCUCCACCGCCAGCACCACCGAGGGCAGCCACGCAACAACAACGAGUAGCAGGACGACAGCGCCACCCCCAUCCAGUGUGACCUCCACCACCGCACAGAACCCUGUGCCUUUCUAUCUCGCGUAUCACAUCAAGAACCGGGAAUUCGACAACACCUUGUUGGAUCCCACCACUCUGUACUACAAGCAGAUGAAUGAGACGAUUGGGAAGAUGUAUGAGAACAUCUACCACUGUCCUGGAUGCGUACACAGAGAUGAAUACCGAGGAUACAGCAUACUUAAAUUUGGGCCGGGAUCCGUUGCAACAUGGACAGUGUUGUUUUUCAACACAACUGAACCCCCUGCGCAGCUUGCAGAGGCAUUGCGGCAGAUCUUUGAAAGCUCAAGCCCAGCACAGAGGGAGCAAUUGAUACUGAUUUCGAUCCAAGGAGGCUCCACCCCAAUUCCUAUACCCGAGCCCCCCACACCUGUGCCGGGCUGGGGCAUCGCACUCCUCGUCUUGGUCUGCAUCCUUCUGCUACUAGCCAUUAUUGCCUACCUCAUAGUGAUCAUCUACCGUUGCCGACGAAGCCACCGCGGCCACCUUGAUAUGCUCAACAGCCAGGACUCCUACCAUCCCAUGAGCGAGUAUCCGACGUACCACACGCAUGGGAGAUACGCUGCGCCGUUCACCAAACCGAAUCCUUACGACAAACAACCUACCAAUGGCACCAGCCCUUUCUCCUACACCAACCCUGCAAUGGCCAAUGACAACCUUUAGGGGGUGCACUUUCAACAGUUGGACUCUGGGGGGAUUGGGGGUGACGAACUGAACCUGGCUGGGCUAGGCUGAUCCAAUGGGAAAGCACUGAUGGGGGAAUUGCUGCGCUCCAAUGAGAAAAGACCUGUCUUUAAAACGGCUGCAUCCAGGCUUCAAAACGGCCGCUCGCCUAGAGCGAGUAAAGAAUGGCCUCCAGGUGAGCAAACACCGAAGUUGUUCUCAGUGGGAAGAACUGGUUUCUUUCUUUGUGCGCUAUCGAUGCCUCGCCAGCGAUUCACAUUUGUACGUCGAGGUCAGCCAAGCUAAUCAAAAGUUAUGAGGACUAGUAACUUUGGGGAGGCUGGCUUUGUUGCUUGGACGUGACUGGAGAGUGGGAUUCACUGAUGAUUACCUCACUGGCUUCUAAAAGGUCGAAAAGGAAAUUUGCAGCACAGAAUGAUUGAACCAGGAAGAAGCAAAAGAGAGAGACAUAACGUUGGAGUGACUUCCCUGGAUGAGGAAGUUCUAAUAUUUAAGAGUCUGGAACAGUUCCCCCCAUCACUGCCACAAACACAAGCAUGGACUUUUCCCUGCCACUCAUCACUGCCACGAACACAAACAUGGACUUUCCCCGUGAACACUGGUUACAGCCGAUAUUUUCUAUCAACAAUGCUUAUUAAUGUUAAACAUAAAAUAUAAAAUGUACAUAUUAUGUGACUUAAGGAGACAUGCCCCCUUCAAGACGGCAAUGCUCAAAUCCUUUUCUCUUCACAACAGCCUCACUGUGCACAGGAACGUUCUUAGUCCACAGACCUGAUCCUCUAGGAGAGUGCCCUGUGGCUUAAAUUCUUCCCGAGCGUCAGGAUCAUAGAGUUGCGGAGAUCAGAGGGGCCUCCGGGAACAUCAGCUGCAAGCUCAAUACAGCAAACCCAGAGUUCGAGCAUCGCCAGCAGAUGGCUCUUCUCCCCCCCCCCC